AUGCAUUGGGGACAUGUUGAUCUUUCGCAAGGAUUGUACAAACUGGAUAUCGUUUAUAACAACCUCGGUUAUAACGACGUAUCGGUUAUAGCGACCAUAUUUUCCGGACCCGUGAUUCUACAAGCCUUAGCAACUUCCAGGGAAUCGGAAGAAAUUAUUUCCAGAAGUUGGGUCCAACGGUUUUGCGUUAGGCAUGCCAUUGUUUUUAAAAAAUUUAGUGGGGAAGCCGCGGGAGUCCCAUCGGCAACAUCUGAUGAUUGGCUAUCCAAAGUUUGGCCUACUAUUCGAGAAGGCUACAGUGAUAGUGACGUAUUCAACGCUGAUGAGACAGGUUUAUUUUAUAAACUUACGCCUGACCGUACCCUUCACUUCAAAGGAGAAAAAUGUUCAAACGGGAAACUUUCGAAAGAAAGGAUAACUGUUUUAGUUGCUGCAAACAUGAGUGGAUCAGAAAAACGUAAGCUUUUCGUGAUAGGAAAGUCUAAGAACCCGCGUUGCUUCAAAAAUGUAAAAAAUUUGCCAGUCGAUUAUUACAAUAACCAGAAAGCCUGGAUGACAACCGAUCUGUUCAAUAAAUUCCUUUUAGACUGGGACAAGGAAUUGAAGAAAAAGCGCAGAAAGAUUUUGCUACUCAUCGAUAAUUGCCCUUCUCAUAUUAAUUUGAGAGAUUUUGAAUUUAUAAAGGUUGUAUUUUUACCACCUAACACAACGUCCGUUCUCCAGCCAAUGGACCAAGGGAUAAUACAGAAGAUUAAAACCAAUUUCAGAAAGCAGCUUGUUUUACGGUUUCUUCAAGAUGUGGAGGAAAAUCGGGAAACAAAAAUUAGCAUCCUUGAUGCUAUUAUAAUGGUCCACCAAGCUUGGGAAGAUGUACCUGCGACAACAAUCACAAAUUGUUUCAAACAUUCUGGUGUGCUGGGAAAUCAAAAUGAGGAACAACCGUCAGAACCAGCCGAAACUAACGCACUGGAUGAACCUGAGUUUUUGCCGUGGUCCGAAUCCUUAGAACUGCCAACCUUAAUAAAUAAAGAUGUCUUAGCAGACUAUGCAAAAAUUGACGAGGGUCUCCACACGGAACAAGAUAUUAGUGAUGAGGACCUUAUCAAUGAACUUGACGCCGAUAUUGAAACCGACAAUGGAGAAGAGGAUGAAGAAGAACAACUUGACAUCCCACCGUUAACCGACGCAUUGAGGGCGGCACAACUUUUGAAGAAAUUUGUGAUGUAUGCAGAUGAAGACUAUGACAUAAAAGCAGAUGAAGAGUAUGAUAUAGAGUCAGAUGAAUUGUAUGAGAUACCUACAGAUGAAGAGUGUGACAUAAAUGCAGAUGAAGAGUAUGACAUAAAAGCAGAUGAAGAGUAUGACAUAAAAGCAGAUGAAGUGUAUUACAUAAAUACAAAUGAAGAGUAA